AAGGAUGUGAAACAAGAAGACGAGCUUCGCCGUACGUUCCACCACUGGCUGAGCCUUGGACGAAGAUCGCGCGCUCGACGAAAACGACUCCAGCGACGAGAACAGGAAGCUAAACUAGCUACGAUGUCUGUAGCAUGGGAGACUUGGAGAGACCGGUUCCGAGAGAGACAGCUUCGCGAUGCGGAAUGGGACGUCCUCAUUCGCAACCAGCGAUCCAGUCUUCAAGUAGCUUUCAAUUAUUGGAAACGUCGCUCUCAGUUCCUUCCUGCUGUUCACUUCUCAACCAUGCAAGUUCGCGCUCAUGUCUGGAAAGUCUGGCGUGCCGCUUUGCCAAACGCUCGCAGGGCACGAGAAGCCGAUACCAUGUACACAAAGCAUCUCUUAGGGGACACUCUGCAGAAAUGGAGUGGUGCAUAUAAAACGGCAAUCGCCAAGAAAGCCAUCGCACGCGCUCGAGCAAUGAGAACAGCCCGAACAAGCCUUCCAGCGUUUCCCGUCACUGCCAUGUCAAAUAUACCUACAUCCUCCUCCACGCGACGUCUCCCUCCUACCCCAACAGAUUCAGAUACAUCACCACCCUUGCCACCGACGAGCUUGCCCCGUGUGGAAUCCCUGACAGCUAUCGAUAGUGCCGGGGGCAGCGCCUUCAUGGAAAAGGUCGACCAUCGUCGUGCUCGCUCUAUGACUCCCGCAGUGUCCCGUACAUCGCACUCCGCAGUUGGUGAUGCUACUCCUCGGGACAGGAGCUUUGAAUACCAGAGGACCAUGAAGAUACCCUUUCAGUACCUCCAUCACCAUAUCCAAGGACGAUCACGCAUUUCUGUAAUAUUGCCAGCCGACCCAAUUUGCGAUGACGAAAUAGGAUCCCGUUGGAAUCAGCAAUAGGAAGAAGUAUUUAUAGUGAUUAUCAUCCGCUAGAACGCGGAACACCCCCCAUCCCGUGUAUUCGUAUAGAGAGCCCGCGCACAGUGAACUAAUUCCGAGGACCAAGAACAAUAAGGAGAGAAUCACAACGAGCCGUCCAAGCGUUUCCAGAUACAAAGAAC